AUGGAUGCCACAGCCCUUCAUUAUGAAAACCAGAAGUUGGUGCAGCAAUUGGAAGCACAGAAGUCUGAAAUGCAUGUGUUGGAAGCUAAGUUCAAGGAGUUGAGGAAUGAACAAUCUUCUUACGACAAUACUCUGAUUUCUCUUGAUAAGAUGUGGAAUCAGCUUGUUGAUGAUUUAAUCCUGCUUGGAGUUCGAUUUGGUGGUGGUUUGAACAAUUUACCUGCACUUGACCAUGAAGAGUUGUCAGAAGAAUCCAUCCAGUCGUGUCCUUCUGAGGAAAUUUUUCUCUUCAUGCUCUUGAAGUCCAACAAUUAUGGAAAAAAGGACGACAAUAGCAUGUUGGAAUUUGCUGAAGAAGAUCUUGCUUUGCGCCGUUCGGCAACUCUUGCUCUCAUGAGGUCCCUUCAAGAGGCUAUUGCUGCACAACAGGCUAGAAGUGAAUAUUUGUCAUUAGCUUUAAAUGGAGAGAAGUCAAAUGAAGAUGUUGUUGUUGCCCUUCAAAACCAUAAUGAUCACUUGAAAGAGGUGGUUGGCAAUGUCCGUGAAGCUAUUUCUAUUGUCAAUGAGAAGCAUAAAAGGUAUCUGGAUGAGAUUGAGGCUUUCAAAAGCGGCUACUCAAAAGAAUUGCAGGAAAUCAAGCAUCUUUCAGGAGAGCUAGAGGAAACCAUGGCGGAGCUUGAGGAAAGUCGACGGAAGAUGGUUAUUCUCCAGUUGCAGAGGCAUGGAGGUUCGCUAAUGAACAUGUCUGGUCCAAACGAUGUGAAUAGUGCUGUUUUGGCUGAUAAAUCUUCAGACAAAAACAUGGGCUGGGGAGAUCUCAAAGAUGCUGUUGAGGAAGCUAAGACCCUUGCAGGAGACCGCCUGUUUGAACUCCAUGAGACUCAAGAGGACAAUUUCAUACUGUCUAAGCAGUUAGAAGAUCUGCAGGGUCAAUUAAAAGACGACAACUAUAUUUUCACAUCAAAGCCAUAUACAAUUCUUAGCGAUCAGUUACAUCAUCUGAAUGCUGAGAUAGAACGAUACAAGGGUUUGGUUGAAGUAUUACAGAAUGAUAAGAACCAGUUCUUGCAAAGGGAGAAAGAAAUGUGUGCAAAAGGAGAAUCCGUCAACAAUAUUAAACAAUCCAUUACCGCUUAUGAGGCCAAAAUUGAAGAACUGGAACAUCAGAUUCUGAAAUCCAUGGCUGAGAAGAAUGAUCUUGAGAUCAAAGUUGAGGAAUCAUUGCAAGAUUCAGGUAAAAAAGACUUCAAGGAUGAGAUUCAUGUCAUGGCUGCAGCACUCUCUAAAGAGAUGGAAAUGAUGGAGAAUCAAUUGAAUAGAUCAAAGGAUGCGGCUUCUGAAGCACUUGCAUUACGUGAAGAAGCUGAAUCGUUGAGAACCUUGUUAGCUAAGAAGAUCAGUGAGCAGAAGGAAAUAUCUGAUAGAUACAACGCACAAGUCUCUGAGAUCAAGUCCCUCAAAGAAUUGAUUGAGACGUUGGAAAAGGAAAAUCAGGAGUUGGAAUUUAUUGUGGAUAUGUAUGGGAAAGAAUGUUCUGAGUCGAGGACAAUUACAGAGAUCAAGGAAUCAGAAAAUCGAGCUCGCAAGCAGGCUGAAUAUUUGAGAACUAGUCUAGAGGAGCAUAGUCUUGAGCUUCGUGUAAAAGCAGCAAAUGAAGCCGAAACUGCAUGCCAGCGAAGGCUUUGCAUUGCUGAAGCAGAACUGGAAGAGUUAAGGACCGAUGUAGAUGCAUCUGAAAGAGAUGUUCUGGAACUCAAGGAGGCAAUAAGAAUUAAAGAAGCAGAAGGAGAUGCUUAUAUCUCUGAAAUUGAGACAAUUGGCCAAGCAUAUGAAGACAUGCAGACACAAAACCAGCAUCUUCUUCAACAGGUUGCCGACAGAGAUGAUUUUAACAUAAAGCAACACACCACUAGGAUCCUGUUACAUGCUCCAUGUGCAAAGACAGCUGCGGCUGUUGGGCUAGGUGGCCUGCUAGUAUCAGAUAGUGUGAAGACAAAGCAAGCCUCUGCUUCCCUUCUCUCUGAAAAGCAUUUGUUACAGAAGCAACUCCAUCAGGUUAACAGUUCACUGGAGUCAUCUAAACAAAAACUCUCCCGUGGUGAAGAGCAGAUGAAAGCCUAUGUCGCACAAGCUAUAAAAACUUCUUCAGAGAACAGGCAUCAUGCAGUUACCAUUGAAAAGACUCUGCUGGAGGUAUCUGACGCAGAAAAGGAGCUCAAGUGGCUUCGGUCCGCCGUUGGAUCCUCUGAGAAAGAAUAUGAGCAAAACCAGAAAAAAAUAGCUGAGCUCAGAACGGAGCUGGAGCAUGAGAGAAGCGAGAAGAGAAAGCUUGAGGAAGCAUACGAGGAGGUGAAGAAUGAAGUCAUGGAGCUGACAUCUGAGAACGAAGAGGCUACUAUCCAGAAGCUCCAGGACGAGAUAAAAGAUUCCAAGGCUAUUCUCAAGUGUGGGGUGUGCUUUGACCGACCCAAAGAGGUUGUGAUCACCAAAUGCUUCCACCUGUUCUGCUCAACAUGUAUCCAGAGGAACCUCGAGCUACGCCACCGGAAGUGCCCGGGCUGCGGCACCCCUUUCGGGCAAAAUGACGUGCGAGAGGUGAAAAUCUGA